UGCGCGCGGUGCACAGGAAUGCGGCGGCCUGACUCACCAGCGCCUCCUUCCUACCUGCCGCCCGCCCCAUAAAGCGGCCCCCUCCCCGCCGCCGCCGGCUGCCCGCCCUCCCUGAAGCCCGCCCUCCGGACGGUCCCGCUCGCCCGCGCGCGCCGGCAGCCAGAGCCGCCGAGCGGAGCCCAGCGCGGCCAGGGCGCGAGUCCCGCCAAGGAGGAAGAGGAUGGCAGGGCCGCAUCCCAGCCCGCUGACCAGGCUGCUGCUGGCCGCCCUGCUGAGCAUGAGCCUCCCUGGGCAUGUGGCAAACCGUUGCAAGAAGGCCCCGGUGAGUAGCUGCACAGAGUGCAUCCGCGUGGACAAGGACUGUGCUUACUGCACUGACGAGAUGUUCAAGGACAGACGCUGCAAUACCGUGAUAGAGCUGCUGGCUGCAGGCUGCCGGCAGAAGAGCAUGGUGGUCAUGAAUGGCAACUUCAAGAUCACAGAGGAGACCCAGAUUGACACCACCCUGCGACGCAGCCAGGUGUCCCCCCAGGGCCUGCGGGCCCGGCUGCGGCCAGGCGAGGAGCAGCACUUCCAUCUGGAUGUGUUCGAGCCCCUGGAGAGCCCCGUGGACCUGUACAUCCUCAUGGACUUCUCCUACUCCAUGUCUGACGAUCUGGACAACCUGAAGAACAUGGGGGAGAAGCUGGCUGGGGUCCUGAGCCAGCUCACCAGCGACUACACUAUUGGAUUUGGCAAGUUUGUGGACAAAGUGAGCGUCCCUCAGACAGACAUGAGGCCUGAGAAGCUGAAGGAGCCCUGGCCCAACAGUGACCCCCCCUUCUCCUUCAAGAACGUCAUCAGCCUGACAAGAGACGUGAAGGAGUUCCGCAAUAAACUGCAAGGGGAACGGGUCUCAGGCAACCUGGACGCUCCUGAAGGGGGUUUUGAUGCCAUGCUGCAGACGGCUGUGUGCACGAUGGACAUUGGCUGGCGCCCCGACAGCACCCACUUGCUGGUGUUCUCCACCGAGUCGGCCUUCCACUAUGAGGCCGACGGCGCCAACGUGCUGGCCGGCAUCAUGAGCCGCAAUGACGAGCAAUGCCACCUGGACGCCACGGGCACCUACACCCGGUUCAGGGCCCAGGACUACCCGUCUGUGCCCACCCUGGUGCGCCUGCUCGGCAGAUACAACAUCAUCCCCAUCUUCGCGGUCACCAACCACUCCUACAGCUACUACGAUAAGCUGCGCACGUAUUUCCCCGUCUCCUCGCUGGGGCUGCUGCAGGAGGACUCAUCUAACAUUGUGGAUCUGCUGGAGGAGGCUUUCAAUCGAAUUCGCUCCAACCUGGACAUCCGAGCCCUGGAAAGCCCCCGAGGCCUACAGACAGAAGUCACCUCCAAAAAGUUCCCAAAGACAGAGACUGGGUCCUUUCGCAUCCAGCGGGGAGAAGUGGGCACCUAUGACGUGAAGCUGCAGGCCAUCGAGCAUCUGGAUGGGAAGCAUGUGUGCCAGCUGUCAGCCGCGGACCAGAAGGGCAGCAUCCACCUGAAGCCCUCCUUCUCUGACGGGCUCAGGAUGGACGUGGGCAUCGUCUGUGACGUGUGUCCCUGUGAGCUGCAAAAGGAGGUGAAGUCACCUCGCUGCAACUUCAGUGGCGACUUCAUGUGUGGACACUGUGUGUGCUAUGAGGGCUGGAGCGGCAAGACCUGCAGCUGCUCCACUGGCUUGCUGAGCGACACACAGCCCUGCCUGCGGGAGGGUGAGAACAAGCCGUGCUCUGGGCGCGGCGAGUGCCAGUGUGGGCGCUGUGUGUGCUACGGGGAAGGCCGCUAUGAGGGUCCGUUCUGCGAAUUCGACAACUUCCAGUGUCCCCGCAACUCUGGGUUCCUCUGCAACGCCCGGGGACACUGCUCCAUGGGCCAGUGUGUGUGCGCGACUGGCUGGACAGGCUCAAGCUGUGAAUGUCCUCUCAGCAAUGCCACCUGCAUUGACAGCAAAGGGGGUAUCUGUAAUGGGCGUGGCAACUGUGAGUGUGGUCGCUGCCACUGCAAACAGCAAUCGCUCUACACCGUGGACAGCACCUGUGAGAUCAGCCACUCAGCCAUCCGCCUGGGCCUUUGUGAGGACCUGCGUUCCUGCGUGCAGUGCCAGGCUUGGGGCACUGGUGAGAAGAAGGGGCAUACGUGUGAGGAGUGCAGCUUCAAGGUCAAGAUGGUGGAUGAGCUUAAGAAAGCUGAUGAGGUGGUAGAGUACUGCUCCUUCCGGGACGAAGAUGACGACUGCACCUACAGCUACACCGUGGAGGGCGAUGGCUUCCCCGGGCCCAACAGCACUGUCCUGGUGCACAGGAAGAAGGACUGCCCUCCCGGCUCCUUCUGGUGGCUCAUCCCCCUGCUCAUCUUCCUGCUGCUGCUCCUGGCCCUGCUGCUGCUCCUCUGCUGGAAGUACUGUGCCUGCUGCAAGGCCUGCCUGGCGCUUCUCCCUUGCUGCAACCGAGGCCACAUGGUGGGCUUCAAGGAGGACCACUACAUGCUGCGGGAGAACCUGAUGGCCUCCGACCACCUGGACACGCCCAUGCUGCGCAGCGGGAACCUCAAGGGGCGUGACACCGUCCGCUGGAAGAUCACCAACAAUGUGCAGCGGCCUGGCUUUGCCACCCACGCUGCCAGCACAAACCCCACGGAGCUGGUUCCCUACGGGCUGUCCCUGCGCCUUGGCCGCCUUUGCACUGAGAACUUACUGAAGCCUGACACUCGAGAAUGUGACCAGCUGCGCCAGGAGGUGGAGGAGAAUCUGAGCGAGGUGUACGGACAGAUCACAGGCGCGCACAAGCUCCAGCAGACUAAGUUCCGGCAACAGCCCAAUGCCGGGAAGAAGCAGGACCACACCAUUGUGGAUACGGUGCUGACAGCGCCCCGCGCAGCCAAGCAGGCCCUGCUGAAGCUCACCGAAAAGCAUGUGGAGCAGGGAGCCUUCCAUGAGCUCAAGGUGGCCCCCGGCUACUACACCCUCACUGCAGACCAGGAUGCCCGGGGCAUGGUGGAGUUCCAGGAGGGUGUGGAGCUGGUAGAUGUGCGGGUGCCCCUCUUCAUCCGGCCUGAGGAUGAUGAUGAGAAGCAGCUGCUGGUGGAGGCCAUCGAUGUGCCCAUGGGCACUGCCACUCUUGGCCGCCGCUUGGUAAACAUCACCAUCAUCAAGGAGCAAGCCAGUGGGAUUGUGUCCUUUGAGCGGCCUGAGUACUCAGUCAGCAGUGGGGAGCAGGUGGCCCGCAUUCCUGUUAUCCGGCGCAUCCUGGACAAUGGCAAGUCCCAGGUCUCCUACCACACGCAGGACAACACAGCACGGGGCAACCGGGACUACAUCCCCACGGAGGGUGAGCUGCUAUUCCAACCCGGGGAGACCUGGAAGGAACUGCAGGUGAAACUCCUGGAGCUGCAGGAGAUGGACUCCCUCCUGCGGGGCCGCCAGACCCGCCACUUCCGCAUCGAGCUCAGCAACCCCAAGUUUGGGGCUCGCCUGGGCCAGCCCUACUCGGCCACUGUCAUCAUUGGGGACCGAGACGAACUGGACCGGAACUUCAUGAGCCAGACCCUGUCAUCAUCCCCCCGCGGUGACCUGGGCGCCCCACAGAACCCCAAUGCCAAGGCUGCUGGGUCCCGGAAGAUCCACUUCAACUGGCUUCCCCCUCCUGGCAAACCGACAGGGUACAGGGUGAAGUACUGGAUCCAGGGUGACUCUGAGUCUGAAGCCCACCUCCUCGACAGUAAGGUGCCCUCAGUGGAGCUCACCAACCUGUACCCAUACUGUGACUACGAGAUGAAGGUGUGCGCCUAUGGGGCGCAGGGCGAGGGCCCCUAUAGCUCCCUGGUGUCCUGCCGCACCCACCAGGAAGUCCCCAGCGAGCCAGGGCGUCUGGCCUUCAAUGUCGUCUCCUCCACUGUGACCCAGCUGAGCUGGGCUGAGCCAGCCGAGACCAACGGCGAGAUCACAGCCUAUGAGGUCUGCUAUGGCCUGGUCAACGAAGACAACCGACCCAUCGGGCCCAUGAAGAAGGUGCUCGUGGACAGCCCCAAGAGGCGGAUGCUUCUCAUCGAGAACCUGCGUGAAUCCCAGCCAUACCGCUACACAGUGAAGGCGCGCAACGGGGCAGGCUGGGGGCCGGAGCGGGAGGCCAUCAUCAACCUGGCCACCCAGCCCAAGCGGCCCAUGUCCAUCCCCAUCAUCCCGGACAUACCCAUUGUGGACGCCCAGAGUGGGGAAGAUUAUGAAAACUUCCUCAUGUACAGCGAUGACGUACUACGCUCCCCAGCUGGCAGCCAGAGGCCCAGCGUCUCUGACGACACUGGCGGCGGCUGGAAGUUCGAACCCCUGCUAGGGGAGGAGCUGGACCUGCGGCGCGUCACGUGGCGGCUGCCCCCGGAGCUCAUCCCGCGCCUGUCGGCCAGCAGCCGGUGCUCCUCGGACGCUGCCGAGCCGCCCCGCGGCCCCCCGGACGACGGCGCCCGCGGGGGCGCGGGGGGUGCGGGCGGGGAGGGCGGCGGCCUGGCCCGCAGCGCCACGCCAGGGCCCCCCGGAGAGCACCUGGUGAAUGGGCGGAUGGACCUCACCUUCCCGGGCAGUGCCAACUCCCUGCACAGGAUGACCUCGGCCACCACCACCUACGGCACCCACCUGAGCCCACAGCUGGCCCACCGUGUGCUGAGCACAUCCUCCACCCUCACUCGGGACUACCACUCGCUGACCCGCACGGAACGCUCCCAUCCGGCCACGCUGCCCAGAGACUACUCCACCCUCACCUCCCUCUCCUCCCACAGCCUCCCUCCCAUCUGGGAAGACGGGAGGAGCAGGCUUCCACUGUCCUGGGCCCUGGGGCCCCGGAGCCCUGCUCAGGUGAAGGGGCUCCCCCGCUCUGGGGACUCACGAGACGCUAUAAUUCUGGCUGCGCAGCCUGCAGUGCCCUCUUGGGGCCCAGGCACCCACUUGGGGGCAGGCCUGCCCAACACACCCACCCGCCUGGUGUUCUCAGCCCUGGGACCCACGUCUCUGAAAGUGAGCUGGCAGGAGCCCCAGUGUGAGCAGGUCCUGCAGGGCUACAGCGUGGAGUACCAGCUGCUGAAUGGAGGUGAGAUGCAUCGGCUCCACAUUCCCAGCCCCAGCCAGACUUCCGUGGUGGUGGAAGACCUUCUACCCAACCACUCCUACGUGUUCCGUGUGCGGGCCCAGAGCCAGGAAGGCUGGGGCCCAGAGCGUGAGGGUGUCAUUACCAUUGAGUCCCAGGUGCACCCCCAGAGCCCACUCUGCCCCCUGCCAGGCUCUGCCUUCACUUUGAGCACCCCCAGUGCCCCAGGCCCACUGGUGUUCACAGCCCUCAGCCCAGACUCCCUGCAGCUGAGCUGGGAGCGGCCACGCAGGCCUGAAGGGGAUAUCCUUGGAUACCUGGUGACCUGUGAGAUGGUCCACGGAGGAGAGCCAGCUACCACAUUCCUGGUGGAUGGUGACAACCCUGAGAGCCGGCUGACGGUGCCAGGCCUACGGGAGAAUGUGCCCUACAAGUUCAAGGUGCAGGCCAAGACCACUGAAGGCUUCGGGCCAGAGCGUGAGGGUAUCAUCACCAUUGAGUCCCAGGAAGGAGGCCCCUUCCCACAGCUGGGCGGCCACGCCGGGCUCUUCCAGCACUCACUGCCAGGCGAGUACAGCAUCACCACCACCCACACCAGCACCACCGAGCCCUUCCUGCUGGAUGGACUGACCCUAGGGUCCCAGCACCUGGAAGCAGGUGGCUCUCUCACCCGGCACGUGACCCAGGAGUUCGUAAGCCGGACCCUGACCACCAGUGGGACUCUCAGCACGCAGGUGGACCAACAGUUCUUCCAGACCUGAGCCCCCGCCCACCCAGGCAGUGUCUGGGAACCUGGGCCCCCACCCUGCCUCCUCCCCCUGGCUCUGCCUUGGCCACCCCGCCCUUGGACCCCGAGCAGCUCAGCCCAACUGCACGCUGAUUACGGGACUGGCACCUCUGCCCAAGAGUAAGGGGUAGGUGUUCUCUGGGAGGUAGGAAGGGGGCUGAGGUCCCAAAAAGCCCUUUGAGCUGCCAUCCCAUCCCCAUCCCCCAAGGCCCAAGCCUGUCUGGAACCAAAGAGCGAGGACCAGCAUGACAAGGACCCAGCUUUGUUCUGCCUUUAAUAAAAGAUUUUGGUGCCACUUG